AGGAUAGGGCGUUUUAUUAGGGGAAGCAAUUGAAUGGUAUGAAUGGCACCCGUUUAUAGCUGGGCCUGUAGCUGUACCCAUAGCAUUUGCGUUCGGAGCCAGGAGUAGUAUUCCGCUGCCCCUGCCUGCCUACCGCGAGCGCCUCCGUCUACCUCCUCUUCCCUCCUCCUCCUCCCGCUGCCGGCCGCGUUCCGGUUCGCCUCGCCUGCAUGGAGCCCGGCGGGCCGUGGCGCGAUCCGCGCCAGGGGUACAUGUACGGGCUCGGAUCGCCGAUGCAGAUGCCGGCGCAGCAGCGCUCCGACCCGGCCGCCGCAGGCGGGGUUCUCAAGCGGAGCCUCGGCGAGCUGGAGAGGUGGCAGCACCAGCGCCAGUACGUCAUGCAGCAGGAGCUCUACAUGCGCGCCGUCAGGCAGCGCACGGCCGCCACGUCGGCGGCCGUCUCGCCGCUCACCUCGGCGGACAUCGCCGCCGUGCUCGGCGGGGUCCCGGCCCAGCCCUUCUUCUCCGGGUCGAGCCUCGGCGGUGGCCUCGCGUCGCCGUCGUCCACGCUGUCGUCCCUCACGACCGCGUCCAGGGCGGCCAUGCCGCUGAUUCAGCAGCAUGUGCAUCGGCAGGCGCCGUUCGUGCCGUCCUCGGCCCACGCGCAGGCGCAUGCUCUCGCGGUGGCGAGGGUGCCGGCUCCGUCCGCGGCUGGGAGCGAGCUGUCCAUCCUGCAGGACCUGGAGAAGCAGCUGCUCGGCGACGACGACGAGGCUGAGCCGGCGAUGAGCGGAACCGGUUCCACGGUGACCAGCUCCGAGUGGGAGGAGACCAUCCAGCGGCUCAACUCCAUCACGGCCGCGCCGUCUCCUCCACUCUACGCGGAGGGGACUCCGAAUAAUAAGAACAACUACAGCGCGGCGAUGACGGGGUCGCCGUCGAACUCGUCCACGUCCACGGCUUCUUCCUCGGCUUCCUGCUCACCGCCAAUCUCGGCCACCACGUCGCGUCAAUUACUGUCCGAAGCAGCGGCUGCCAUAGCCGACGGCAACCUUGAAACGGCGGCCGCUAAUCUGGCAACUCUCAAGCGCGCCGCUAACCCGCGCGGUGACGCGGAACAGCGGCUGGUGGCCGUGAUGGUGGCCGCCUUGUCUUCGCGCAUUGCGCCUGCUGCCUCGGCAUCGUCCCAGCACCUCGCUGACCUCUGCGGCGCCAAGCACCAUACCGGGUCCCAGCUCCUCCACGACAUCACGCCCUGCUUCCGCCUCGCCCUCGACGCCGCUAACAUCGCCAUCGUUGAGGCCGUCGCCGGCCACCGCGUCAUACAUCUGGUGGACUUCGACAUCAACGCCCCGCAGCACGCGGCACUCAUCCAGCGCCUCGCCGACCGGCGCGUGCCGGGGACAUUCCUGCAGGUGACCGCCGUAACCGAUCCCACCUCACCGUUUACGCAGUCCCUAGCAGCGACGCUUCCCGGCGUCGGGGAGCGGCUCAAGAAGCUGGCGGAGCGCGCCGGCAUAGAGUACCACUUCAGAAUGAUCAGCUGCAGAGCAGCAGAGAUUGAGGCAUCCAAGCUGGGGUCCGAGCCCGGGGAGGCGCUGGCCGUCAACCUCGCCUUCGCGCUCUCGCACGUGCCUGACGAGAGCGUGUCGCCGGCGAACCCCCGCGACGAGCUUCUCCGCCGCGUGCGCGCCCUUGGCCCGCAGGUGGUGACACUCGUGGAGCAGGAGCUGAACUCCAACACCGCCCCGCUGGCCACGCGCUUCUCGGACGCCUACUUGCACUACGGAGCCAUUCUCGAUUCACUGGACUCGACGGUCAGCCGGGAUAGCGCGGACAGGGCGCGGGCAGAGGAGGCGGUGGCAAACAUGUCGGCCAACGCGGUGGGCCGGGAGGGCGCCGACCGGCUUGAGCGGUGCGAGGUCUUCGGCAAAUGGCGCGCGCGGUUCGGCAUGGCCGGGUUCCGGCCGGUGGCGCUCGCCGCGGGCAUCGCCGACCAGGUCAUGGCGCGCGUCGGCGCUCCCCCGCCGGGCCUCGUCGUGAAUCAAGAGAACGGCGUGCUCCGGCUCGGAUGGAAGCAGCGCGUGGUGGCCGUGGCCUCCGCCUGGCGCUAAUCUGGUGAGGUCGCGCCAUCAUUGCCAUUGCCGGCACCAGACAAUUGCUUAAUUAAUUCGCACCCGUCCUCUAUUUUUAUCCUUUCUUAUUUGUUCGAUUGGCAAGGUGUGAUGAGUUUGUUCUUGAUCCAGUAGUAAAGCUUAGCUGUAGCGACUCAUAAUCCUCGUAGCUAAUAUAUGGAAAGAGUACAUUAUUACGCUA